UGCUUUGUGGAGAAACUAACUCAAACAUGUCACUGAAGCAUGCCCAGCCCAAGUUCUCCAAGAUUCAGGUGUCUGAGAUGGUGAAGAAGCUGUUCAACUUGACCCCACGAGAAAUCCAAUCUCUGCCCAGCUACGAUGACCAGAACUUCUACGUGGCACCCAUUGAGGGUGACGAGUACGUCCUAAAGAUCAUGAACUCGGAGGACAGUAAGAACACCAGCCUGGUCGAGGUGCAGACGUACGCCAUGUCUUUUGUCCACCAGAAUGGACUCCCGUCUCAAACAGCCGUUCCCACCAAGUCAGGACAGCUCAUGAGUCUGGAAGAAAUGGACUGUGGAUACGGCUGUAAGAAGUACCUUGUGCGGCUGUUGACUUAUGCACCAGGGGUGACCAUCUCUAAGGUUCCUUUAACUCCUGAGUUAUUAUAUGAAGUUGGCAAGAUGGCCGCUAGAAUGGACGAAAUCUUUCAAAAGAUGGAACACCCAAAUCUCAGCAUUCUACAGAGGGAUAAAUUCUUAUGGAGUCUGUCCAAUGUUGUCUUUCUGGAGUCAUACCUCAGUGUAUUAGAUGGCGAUCCUCUACAGAAGAUUGUGAAGUCUGUCAUUCAUCAUUACAAGACCUCCGUGGAAACCAAACGGUCCAACUUUCGCAAAUGCAUUAACCAUGGCGACUUCAACGACCUCAAUAUACUUGUGCAACCAGAUGAUAGUAGUGGUGGCCACAAGAUUUCUGGCAUCCUUGAUUUUUCAGACAUGAACUCUGGCUACUACAUCCAUGAACUCGCCAUCACCAUAAUGUACAUGAUGAUUGAGCAUCCUGAGCCUGUUGAGGUGGGUCGACCGGUUCUUGCUGGCUUUGAAAGCGUCAUUCCCCUCAAUGAGGAUGAGAAAGAUUGUCUGUUUUUGCUGGUGCUGUCCCGCUUCUGUCAGUCUUUGGUUUUAGCUUGUUAUUCUGUGACGUUGCACCCAGAAAAUGUGGAGUAUCUGAUGAUUACAUCCAGGAAUGGCAAACAUAUUCUCCAACAACUCUGGGAGCUUGGAAAGGAGCAGGUGGAGAAGGUUUGGUUUGUGUCUUCUAACUGACGUCCAGCUACUACAACACCAAAAUUAGCACAAGAUCUGUAAAAUUGACUGUUAUAGACAUUUAUUUGUCUUUGCUAAGGUUGAUUAGCUGUGGCAGCCAUCUUGAAUUAGGUUUACUUGGAUUGAUCAUGACAUAAAUGUCCAUCCAAUGGUUAUUUUCUAUUCAGUGUUUCACAACAUUUUUUUUGCUAUUAAAGAUUUAAAAGUUAAUGAUAGUGUUUUAAGGAAAGAUCUUGUACAAAUUAUUGCACUCAGAAUAUGUUUUGGGGAUGACUUCUA